ACCCACGAAAUUUUGUGUGGAAAUCCGUAGCACGAUUUAUUGAUUGAUUGGCGUAGAGCUCAAAGUGCACAAAGGACGACAGAAAAGCUAUCGAUAUGAAGGCAGGUUUUCUAUCUAUUGGAAGCUGCGGAGCUUACAACUCAGUGAUGUCCAAAAAGUAUCACUGUAGUUGUUCUUGCUCUUCGUUUCCCCAGGACAAGCACUUCAACAGAACAGGUUUCUCCGUGAACAAGACGCAGAUCGGCGGAAAAGCUUCGUCAUUCUUCUCUACAACUGUUCAGAACCAGUCGACACUAAAACACGCCCCGAAAUCUCGUCCACUACAAGUAUUUAUGGGUCCAAAACAAAUUGUAUUCAGAGAAGAUUCACGAAAUGCUCUGGCAAGAGGAAUCAACGCUGUUGCUGAUGCUGUUCGUAUUACUUUAGGUCCCAAAGGUCGUAAUGUCGUGUUGGAACGUUCUUAUGGUGCCCCUCAAGUAGUCAACGAUGGUGUCACUAUUGCAAGAGAUAUUUCGCUCUCAGAUCCUUUGGAAAAUACUGGGGCACGCCUAGUGGUAGAAGUUGCAUCCAAAACAGAUCAAAAGGCUGGAGAUGGAACAACUACUUCAGCUGUUUUGACUCAAGCUAUUGUGAAUCAAGGCCUAAAGAUUGUGUCUUCUGGUGCUAAUGCGAUGUCUGUUCGUCGAGGUAUUACGAAGACUGCGGAAUAUAUCGUAUCAGAAAUAAGAAAGGUUGCAAAACCGCUUCGAGGUCAAGAAGACAUCCGAGCUAUUGCAACGAUUGCAUCUGGAGGUGAUGAAACCAUCGGUGCCAAUAUUGCCGAAGCAUAUUCUAGAGUGGGUGAGAAUGGCUCGACUACAGUUGAAGAAUCACAAAGUUUAAUGGAUGAAGUCGAGGUAACGGAAGGUAUGGAGUUAGAUAGAGGUUUCAUAUCGCCCUACUUUGUGAAAGAUCAAGAACGUCAAGUGGCAGAGUUGACACGUCCACGGGUUCUUGUUACAGAUAGUAAGAUUUCUGUCGUUCAAGAACUGGUGCCUUUGCUGGAAAGUCUCGUGAAGUCCAAGGAACCACUUUUGAUUAUUUGUGACGAUUUGACAGGAGAGGCGUUAUCGACUUUGGUAGUUAACAAAAUGCGAGGAGUCUUGGAUGUUGCAGCUAUUAAAGCACCAGGAUUUGGUGACCGUAGGAAAGCAUAUCUUCAAGAUAUUGCAAUCCUUACUGGUGCAACAUACGUUACAGAAGAGUUGGGUUUCACUUUAGACCAAGUAACUCUGGAUAUGUUAGGACGAGCCGAACGUGUCGUAGUAGGAAAGGAACUGACUACCAUUAUUUCAACCGGAGAGCAUCAAGAGGGAGUAAAGAAACGGAUUGCACAAAUUCGAAAAGAGAUUGAAGAUACGGAUUCUCAGUUCGAUAGGGAAAAGGGAGAGGAACGUAUUGCUCGUCUAGGUGGUGGAAUUGCACGAAUCAAGGUUGGGGCUGCAACUGAAACGGAACUGAAAGACAAAAAGUUGCGAUAUGAAGAUGCACUCAAUUCAACAAAGUGUGCAUUAGAAGAAGGUAUUGUUCCUGGUGGUGGUACCUUACUUGCAUUUCUUGCACAAAAAGUGCCAGACUUUGAAAAAACAUUACAUGAUGAAGAUGAGAGACUAGGAGCACAAAUUGUGGGUCGAGCUUUAGAAGCGCCGUUAGUUCAAAUUGCGAUGAAUGCUGGAAAGGAAGGCUACGUUGUUCUUAAUGAGGUGCGUAAAAAGGAACUCGGUUGGGGAUGGAAUGCUGCAACUGAUGAGUAUGUCAACUUGUUGGAUGCAGGAAUCGUAGAUCCUGCAAAGGUUGUUUGUUGGGCAUUGGAGAAUGCUGCCUCCAUUGCUUCCAUGGUAUUGACAACCGAAGCUCUAGUAGUUGAAAUUCCCGAGAAGAAAAAGAAUCCUCCUGCUGGGGAUGGAAUGGGAGAUUUACCGGGAGAAAGCUACAUGUAAUAGUGGCCGUAUCCUAAUAUAGAAAUAAAACAUUCCGUGUUGUUUUGCCAAAUAGUUACACAAGUU